CUGAUUGGGGGCGUCAGGGGGCACCUGCGCACGCACGCACGCGCGCGGGGAAGCGUGCCCGUGGCGUGGGAUUUUCUACACUUCGCCCCCGGGAAUGAAAUGUCUCAACCAAGUCAGACCACGCCGACAAACCUGACCGAGACCCGGCCCGUGACCAACCUGACCCUGGUGGUCCUCCUCCUGAUCCCGUGCGUGGUGGUCCUGCUUCUGCUCAACUGUUUCUUCCUGGGAUACAAACUCCUGCUCCUGUCCAAGAGGAGGGUGGUUCCGGAAGAGAUGCGCCUGCCCAGGUUGGUGGUUUCGGACGUGGCCGGGGGCGCGUACCUGUCCGUGUCGGAGCCCGUCCUGCCGCUUCCGGUCACCUCGUCCCGGGCGUCCUCCCGGGACCGGGCCGGGAUCAAGCACCGGGUCCGGCUGCUGAGACCCGACGGAGGCUCCGGUGGUUCCGGUUCGGGGUCCCUGAGGGCGCCCAGCAGCAUCCGGGCCGCGUCCCCGCCCCCCGCGGACGGGUUCAGCGGCGGGGGCUGGUGGAGGAGCGCACCAAACCUGAGGCAGCCCGGAGGGUCCGGGUCCGAGAGCAGGGUCCAGCUGGUUCCGCCGAACUCCCCAACUGUGAGUGAGUCAUGGAGCUUCAUGCUGAGCUUUAGAGUUCCAGGCUGA